AUGACGUUGUCCACCACAUUCGCACCUCUGGCCCCCCCAGUAUUCGCACGGCCUAGACGACUGGCUCCGUCCCGUCUGGAAGCGGCGAAGGCCGAAUUUGAGCACAUGCCACAACUGGGCAUAAUUCGGCCGUCCGAGAGUCCAUGGGCGUCCCUUCUGCAUAUGGUGCCCAAGGCGACAUCAGACGACUGGCGGCCCUGUGGUGACUAUCGCGCCCUCAAAAAUGCGACCAUCCCGGAUCCUUAUCCCGUCUCUCAUCUUCAAGAUUUUGCUGGAGCUCUUUUCGGCAAAUCGGUUUUCUCGAAGAUUGACCUUGUUCGGGCCUUCCAUCAGAUUCCUGUCGCUCCUGAGGAUGUUCCCAAAAUUGCCGUCACCACACCAUUCGGCCUGUUCGAAUUUAUUCGCAUGCCAUUUGGUCUUCGCACUGCUGCCCAAACAUUUCAGAGGUUCAUUGACCGAGUCCUACGUGGUCUCCCGUUUGUGUACGCCUACAUAGAUGACCUCUUGGUAGCCAGUCGAAAUGCUGAGGAACACAAAGAGCAUCUUGCCUUAGUGUUUGACCGCCUCGAUCAGUUUGGCGUGGUCAUUAACCCUUCGAAGUGUGUUCUGGGUGUGCCGUCCCUUGAUUUUCUUGGUCUCCACGUCGAUGCACAAGGUUUGCGUCCCCUCUCUUCCAAGGUUGAGGCCAUUCGUGACUUUCCUCCACCAACCUCCAAGCGUCAGUUGCAGCGUUUCCUUGGCAUGGUAAACUUUUAUCGCCGGUUUCUACCGAACUGUGCCGACCUUAUGCUGCCACUUACCACUUUGCUCUCUGGUCCCAAGGGUCCCCUUGAGUUACGUGGCAACGCGCUGACUGCUUUUGAGAGAAUAAAGACCUCCCUUGCUGAUGCUUCCUUGCUCACUCAUCUUGCUCCAGAAGCCCCAUUGUCCCUGAUGGUUGAUGCUUCGACCGUUGCCGUAGGAGCAGUCCUCCAACAGCAUAUCAAAGACUCGACACGACCGUGGGCAUUUUUCUCCAAGAAGCUUUCACCUGCCGCGACCAGAUAUAGCACGUUUGGCCGUGAACUUCUUGCCAUUUACCUAGCCGUAAAACAUUUCCCACACUUCCUUGAGGGUCGCGACUUCACAAUUUUCACAGACCACAAACCACUUACAUUUGCCAUCCGAUCCCAUUCUGACAAAUAUAACCCGAGAGAGAUUUCUCAUUUGGAUUACAUCUCGCAAUUCACCACCGACAUCCGCCACAUUGAUGGCCCGAAGAAUGCGGUGGCCGACAUGCCGUCUAGACCUUCCCUCUCGGCGUUUCACCUCUCACACGGGAUUGAUCUUGGUGCUAUGGCGGCUGAACAACUACGUGCUGGAUGCCUUGGCGACGAGUCUGUUGACAGUCUUCAAUUAGUUGACGUCCCAUUGACCACCGGCACUGGCACAAUCCUUUGUGACGUAUCGACUCCUUUUCAUCGCCCUUAUGUGCCUGCCUCGAUGCGUCGAGCUGUUUUUCAAACUCUCCACGGACUCUACUAUCCUGGGAUUCGUAUGGCCUGGGUUGAACAAGGAUGUGAGAGCUUGGACACGAUCGUGCCUUUGCUGUCAACGUAA